AUGACGCAGGCUGGACGUACGUCCGUGGCCUCCCUCGUGCCUUGGUCGUUGGCUAUGUCCUCGUCGUCAAUUUGGCAAACGGUAUCGCGCGUGCUUCGUAUCGGCAAGGCCCGGUACAUUGUGGGCCGUGAUCUGGAGAACAACGUAUACUAUGAGCUGCCAUCCUUGCAAGGCGCAAACGAUCCGAAUCGGACACGACGUGUGGUAAAAUGGAACUCGUGGAAGUAUCCCAGCGACUAUAAUCCAAAGGAUAUGCCGAUUCAGUGGGAUGCGUGGAUGCGUCAUACGCGCCAUACUCCGCCCACCAUCGAGGAACUGCUGAGGGACAAAGAACGUAUCGAGAUGGUACGGCAUAAUGCACGUGUACUAGAGAUGCGCGAUCAGGCUGCCAAGGAGCAAGAAGAGGCGAUGCGUCUCAUGGACCAUGCGGAUGCACUCAGACAACAGGCCGACCGAGAAAUGCGGCAGGCAGCGUUCUAUCGGGAAAGAGAGCGUGUAGCGCAACGCACUGACGCGCCGUCCGAGUCAGAGACCGUGGAGCAGGCUGUAUUCAAGCCUAGCCCCCGCCGUGGCUAG